AUGAGGCCGUGUAACAUUGAUAAGCAAAUAAGCAAGCAACAAGCCGAGCCUUGGUCGAGAAAGGCGGCGCGACGCAGUUUGGAUGUCCACGAACUCGGGAUCGAGGCGGUUCGACUCCGCGCCAGCCAAACACUCGCCGGUAAUAACCCCCCGCAUCGUUAUAGCGCCGUGAUAUCAAAAGCCCGCCUCGCCGGGGCCAUCUUACAUGCCCAAGAACAUCGAGAUCUGCCCACCCCCGUCAGCAACCCCAUAUCCACCCCUCAGCCCGGGGAACAGUCCACCGAGUGGUGUUUUUCACCGCGCAGCGCAACAAUGGUGUAUGCCCCCUAUAACGCCUCGGCGGUGGAUAGAUGGAAAGGGAGAACUCACCCCGUCUUGUUGCGGUCGAGGAUUGCGGGGAAGAGCUGGUGGAGGUAG